GCAAUAAUGCUUGUGUGUAUACAGCGACACGACACGAGACGAGAGGGAGGGUGAACUGAAAGAGAGACCCGGCUAGAGCUAUAAAGCAAGUGGGGGAAGAGAGAGAGAGAGGAGAAGGAGAAGGAGAGGUUUUUAUGUAUGUGUGGUGGACAUGCGUCCUCCUGUCGUCUCGAGAGAGCGGAGGCCCUAAUACUCCAAUCACCACGCACCAAACUAGCUAGCUAGCAGUCGUCUUGCAUUGUAGCUAGUCCAUUGCUCUCAUCUUCUCUUCUUCUUCCCCCAGUCCUCCCCCCCUUUCCCCUCUUCGGCCUCUCUCGCUCAGCUCACUCUUCAUUAAGCGAGCUCACGUCGUUCCUCCCUUCUUCUUCUUCUUAUCCGUUGUUCAAUUCGUUCAGCUAGCCGGCCAGAGAUCGAGCAUCAUCUCCAUCAUCGAUUCAUCCAUCUCAUCUUUCUCUUCUUCUAUUCUAUGUCGUCGUCGUCCCAGAUUAGAUCGAAGCUGCUAGCAGUCUAUCCAGUCUCUAGCUAGCUAGCUAGAUCAAGCCCGCAGACUAUACAAUAUAAUACAAGCUAGCUACGUGCUUAUUAUUGCUUUAUUAGUCUAGAAUAAUCUUGAUAUAUACGAUCGAACAUAUAUCUCGAUCUCCACCGAUACACACCCGGCCCUAUCCAUGCUUGAGGUGUCGACGCUGCGCGGCCCUACUAGCAGCGGCAGCAAGGCGGAGCAGCACUGCGGCGGCGGCGGCGGCUUCGUCGGCGACCACCAUGUGGUGUUCCCGACGUCCGGCGACUGCUUCGCCAUGGUGGACGACAACCUCCUGGACUACAUCGACUUCAGCUGCGACGUGCCCUUCUUCGACGCUGACGGGGACAUCCUCCCCGACCUGGAGGUAGACACCACGGAGCUCCUCGCCGAGUUCUCGUCCACCCCUCCUGCGGACGACCUGCUGGCAGUGGCAGUAUUCGGCGCCGACGACCAGCCGGCGGCGGCAGUAGCACAAGAGAAGCCGUCGUCGUCGUUGGAGCAAACAUGUGGUGACGACAAAGGUGUAGCAGUAGCCGCCGCCAGAAGAAAGCUGCAGACGACGACGACGACGACGACGACGGAGGAGGAGGAUUCUUCUCCUGCCGGGUCCGGGGCCAACAAGUCGUCGGCGUCGGCAGAGGGCCACAGCAGCAAGAAGAAGUCGGCGGGCAAGAACUCCAACGGCGGCAAGCGCAAGGUGGACUGGACGCCGGAGCUGCACCGGCGGUUCGUGCAGGCGGUGGAGCAGCUGGGCAUCGACAAGGCCGUGCCGUCCAGGAUCCUGGAGAUCAUGGGCACGGACUGCCUCACAAGGCACAACAUUGCCAGCCACCUCCAGAAGUACCGGUCGCACAGAAAGCACCUGAUGGCGCGGGAGGCGGAGGCCGCCACCUGGGCGCAGAAGCGCCACAUGUACGCGCCGCCAGCUCCAAGGACGACGACGACGACGGACGCCGCCAGGCCGCCGUGGGUGGUGCCGACGACCAUCGGGUUCCCGCCGCCGCGCUUCUGCCGCCCGCUGCACGUGUGGGGCCACCCGCCGCCGCACGCCGCCGCGGCUGAAGCAGCAGCGGCGACUCCCAUGCUGCCCGUGUGGCCGCGUCACCUGGCGCCGCCCCGGCACCUGGCGCCGUGGGCGCACCCGACGCCGGUGGACCCGGCGUUCUGGCACCAGCAGUACAGCGCUGCCAGGAAAUGGGGCCCACAGGCAGCCGCCGUGACGCAAGGGACGCCAUGCGUGCCGCUGCCGAGGUUUCCGGUGCCUCACCCCAUCUACAGCAGACCGGCGAUGGUACCUCCGCCGCCAAGCACCACCAAGCUAGCUCAACUGCAUCUGGAGCUCCAAGCGCACCCGUCCAAGGAGAGCAUCGACGCAGCCAUCGGAGAUGUUUUAGUGAAGCCAUGGCUGCCGCUUCCACUGGGGCUCAAGCCGCCGUCGCUCGACAGCGUCAUGUCGGAGCUGCACAAGCAAGGCGUACCAAAAAUCCCACCGGCGGCUGCCACCACCACCGGCGCCACCGGAUGACAUACUAUCUCGUCGACAAUACAUGCAUGUACAAUAGACGGAUGUCUAGUAGUAUAGUAGAUUGCUGCUAGCUAGCUAGCCGCUAGAGUGUAGUAGCAUAUGCAUGCCUUUUUUUUCUUCUUCUUUUUUUGCCCUUAUUAUUAAGCUGGCUAAUAGCGAUUGAGAUGGAGCUUGACACAGAUCUGCUAGCUAGCUAUUUGAGGGUUUCUCUUGUAUGCUACCUAUUGCUGCUGCUUGCUGCUGAGACAAGUAAUGUACGUACGCCUGUGCAAACGACACAUCGGAUUGUAUUGUAUUACUAGUUAUAUGAACAACAACAAUAAUAAUAGGCACAUGCAUGCCUGCCUAGUAUGUGAGCUGCUAGCUAGCUACAUGCAUGUUGCGCAUUCCUUUCC